UCACAUCUUCAAAGACACCAGAGAACACACACAGGAGAGAAACCCUUCAAGUGCACUCUGUGUGGGAAGGCAUUUGCAAAGUCAUCAUAUCUUCAGGCCCACCAGAUAAUACACACAGGAGAUCAACCCUUCAAGUGCAGUGUGUGUGGGAAGGCAUUUUUUUAUUCAUCUACUCUUAAACAACACCAGAGAACACACACAGGAGAGAAACCUUUUAAGUGCACUCUGUGUGGGAAGGCGUUUGCAAAGUCAUCAAAUCUUCAGUCCCACCAGAGAAUACACACAGGAGAUAAACCCUUCAAGUGCAGUGUGUGUGAGAAGGCGUUUUCAGAUUCAUCUGCUCUUCGACGACACCAGAGAACACACACAGGAGAUAAACCCUUCAAGUGCAGUGUGUGUGGGAAGACAUUUUUAGAUUCAUCUACUCUUAAACAACACCAGAGC